ACAUGGCUUAAUAAUAUAGAACCUGUAUUGUAGCCAGCGCACUAUAUUUUGGACCAAGAAAAGUCGAAAAUCAAAUGAAUCCUCACAAAAGAAGACGAUUAGAGAGAUACACAGCUUUUCUUCUAAUGCAAAUUUUUUAAUUUAGAUACAUGUAAUUUGCCCACCCUUUCAGCCUAAGAGGCUACAAUAUGAUUUAAGCAUCUGGGAUGGUGAAUUCGUGAGACAAACCUGUUAAAGAUUUCGCUUUUCUGCGAUCUGAAGGUAAUAGCAAAAGUGUGGCUCGGAAUACAAUGAUAUAGAGAGAGAAGCGCACGUGGUGAUGCUAAUGCAUGCCUCCCCUCUCGCUGUGCUCCUUUUCUUUUACGAAACUGAGAAAUGAUAUUUAUCAAAAUUCAAAACAAAAAGGACUCCGUUCUUGCCUUGCAUUGAGAUAACUAUCAUGCCAUUUGCCUCUGUCUAUUGGCAUUGGCUAAUGAGUUUAACUUCUCUUCUUGGCCUCCACUCAGAGUGAAACCUCUUCUCUUCUUUGUGUUUCCCAAUACACGUUUGCCAGUCAAAUGGUCCAUUUCAGAAUCCAUUUUCCAUGCCAACAAUGAACUGUUGGGAAUAUAUAUGUUUUAGCAAAAGACCUUAACGUUAUGCGUUCCUGUCAUAUUUUGGUUCUUUACAUUACGUAUCAUUGCUGCUGCUGUUAGUUCUGCUUUGGAACUACAAUUUUCUCUUUUACUAUUAUUAAUCAGUGGUUUAUAGGGUAUCUAUCUGUCACUUUACGUAAUCAUUUAACUUAAUUCCCAAUGGUACAACUCCAAUCUUGUGCUACUUUGGUCAAUGCCUCAUCAUUGUGUGCUAUAGAACAAGAAGUGAGAGGAGAUAGCGUCACUGUUGUUGCUGAGAUUUCGGCCGAGUUGGAGAGGGAAAGGAAGAAGAAUGCAGAGCUCAUGGAGAGAAUAUCAAUGCUCGAAGCUCAGUUAAGAGAAAGAAACAAAGAAUCUCAAGAAAAUCAUCAGCAUGCAGUUGCAAGAAGCUUGAAGAAUUUCAAGAGGCAGAAGAUAGAAAUGGUAGAUGAUGAAAAAAGUAGGAAUACUGUGAAAAGUGAAACGGCCUCGGAGUACAAGACUGAUACUGAAGGCAUUGUUCCUAAGCAGAUUGAUCGAGCAAAGAGCUUAGUUAAUUGGAUGAGCAUGGACAACGUCCAAAAUUCGUACGCCGAAAAAUUUAAAGACUGCAACUCUGUUGCAGAUUUCAAUGAAACGGAUAGUGAUGAUGCAUGUGAUGAAAAUCUUGACGAUGAUACGGAAAAUAGGCAAAGACAUGAGGAAGUUAAUGACAAAAAUGAAGCCGUUAGUGCAGAAAAAGGUUACCGAGCUAUUGAUGUUGACGAGGAAUCAAAUACAUCAUGCAUGGGAAAUUUUUCUGGUGAUCCAGCCUGUAAUGUGAGACAAGAAGAUCAUGAAAAUCAAAAGAAAAGUUGCAUAUUAUCAGCUCCAUUAUCGGAGAAGAGAGAAGUAAAAACACUCCAAGGGAAAGAAAUUAAGGAGAGUGCAGCAUUUACAGCAGCAGCUGAGGUCCCUUCCUCAGGAUCCGAACGCAUAUCACAUAGUAGAAAGCCUCUGAAGUUAGCUUUCUGCCCAAAAGAGGUGAAAAGGAUAAUUGAGUCUGAAGCCCUUCUACAAAAGAAUGCUCAGUCCCACACUAUAAGGAAAAUCAUAGUUUUUGCAUCACUUGCCAUAAGGCAUGGAUGUGAGGAUAUGUACGAACUGGACUUCAAUCAUUUUAGCAUUCUGAACAAAGGAGAACCAUACCUGUCUCCAGAAAGCCCUGGGGAGCAUGUUUUAUACGAGAAUCCUGGUGUUCGGAGGAAAAUAUUUUAUGCAAAUAGAGAAAACCCUGUAUUAUGUCCUGUUGAGAUACUAGAAGAAGAAAGAGCCAUGCGUCCAUCGGACGAUAGCUGUCCAUCAUGGUUAUUCUUGUGCAUUAAAUAUGGUGGAAGGACAAGAAAUCUUCCUCAAAAUGAAUAUGUGAGACAGAGGAUGGGAAGAAACAAACUGAAGUCUUUUGGUCCACUCAUGUGCCAAAUGGCAGUGUUGGUUCAUUGUCGCAGUGGAAGCUUUUUCUUCAAGGCUUUGGGCAUCACACUCCUGUUUAUGGCAGGAUUUCCUGAUUAUAUAGUUCAAAGGGAAACCAAAUACCGGAACUUAGACUUGCUUCAGAAAUAUUACAGGACUGAUGAGGAUGCUGAAGGUGAGGAGUUGUUUCUUCCACAUUCAAUCGCAUGUGACAAUGGUACUCCUGAACCCCACAAAUUAACCAAGAAGACACUUCCUGCAAAAUCCAAAGGAAAAAAGAACCCUAAUGCCAUCAUCAAACAAAAGAACCCAUCUCAACAGGAAGCACCAACAAGUUCAGCAGCUACUGAAUUUGGUUUAACAGGCUAUUCCUCAGCUUACACAUAUGCAAUGGCAGCAUUUCAUUCAAUGCCAUCUCAGGUUUCUUCCCAAGACAUUUCUCACAUCCUAAAUCCAGCUCUUGUCAAUUCCAUUACCAAUGUCUCUGGUAAUCAUGGUAUGCUGCCACCACAGCCAGCAAGUUCAUUUGUGCCAGUGAUGUAUUGGCCUCCACCAAAUGCAUUUCUUCCUGGACCCUAUACUUCCACAUAUGGUUAUCAUUCUUUUCCUGCUGCUGCAAACUACCUGUCAAUCCAAACACAGCCAUAUUUCAAUCAUCCAAAGUCGCUAGAAGAUAGUAGAAAGAAUGAUUUAGUCUCACAUGAAACUAACAGUGACACUGAUAGCAGCACUUCAGGCUGAGUCCUGCAUUCCACAAAUGAUGGACACAUUGCCACUAUGACACGCCAUAGAUGAUGUAAUUGGAAUGUAAUAAUUCUGUGCAGUUUGUAACAAAACAUUACCAGCCUUAAUAUGUUC